GGCAGCAUGGUCUCCGACCUUAGCCUGUUCCAAACGGAACAAACGUACUAAAAAAAAAAAAAAAAAACAUUGUAAUUGAUUUUAAUCUUAAUAUUUUUUAAAUCAAAAUACGAACAAAAUUUUAUUAUUAUUAAAAUGGUUGAAAUUAUAAUUACUUAAUAAACAUACGACUUUGUGCAACUACAACAACUAAGUGAGUUGUACUGAUUAACAAUUAUCUUCUAGUACAACAUAAAUUUUUCUCUGCCUGUACUCUGAUCUGAAUUUAUGAUGAUUGAACUCUCUGCAAAGUUAACCACAGGUACAGUUUACCUAGCUGGCGAGGCACUGGAAUGCUGUAUAACAUUUUGCCAUACAACACAGCCUGAACACAGAAAUUCUCAAAGUCAUAGUGAUAUUCUAGAAAGUCUUGCCUGGGUAUCAGCACAAAUACAUUGUUUCUACUCCACAUCAGGAAACACAGGUGAUAAAACUCCGACUGUAGGCAAAACAACAGCUUUAGAAGUGACAUCAUGUGACAUUGGAGAUGUUGUAUUCCACACAAAGCCCAAGAUAUUAUUUUGUGAUUUAACUAUACCUUUAGGUGAAAGUAAAACAUUUUGGUAUAGAGAAUCGAUACCAAUUGAAGCACCACCAUCAUAUAGAGGAACAUCAGUUAAAUACUCCUACAAAAUAACAAUAGCUACACAAAAAGUAGGGUCUCAUAUCAAAAUGGUCAGGAUACCAUUUAGAGUCUUGCCAAUUAGUCCAAUAAUGAACAUGCAAGACCUUGCUGCACUGUGUGGCAAUGAAACAACAGAGGAACUUCAGCCCACUAAUCCAUUUUCAGAGGAGAGAAAAGUUGAAACUACUUUAUCUAUGGCAUUACAAGUAUUACAGAAUCUUACUGCAAGGCGUAGUCCAAAUUCAUAUAUGAUAACAAAUACCAGAGGUAAAGUGGGGAGAUUUUGUUUGUUUAAAUCAGCUUAUAAAUUAGGAGAAGAUAUUGUUGGCACAUUUGACUUUUCUGUUGGUACAGUCACUUGCAUGCAGGUUUCAGUAUCAUUGCAACCAGAAGAAGUAGUGACAUCCAAAUCACCAUCUAAGAAUGUGAAUAAGGAGAACAGUAGCAGAUCUAUGACUGUUGCCAGAUCCCAUGAAGUCACUUUAGGGCUAACACAUUCCCAACUAAUACUACCUAUACCAUUACACAUAACUCCUGCAUUUGAGACAGAUGAAGUUUCACUAAGAUGGCGUCUACAUUUCGAGUUUGUAACAACCAAUGAUAAAUUAUUAGCAAAUCCUGAAGACAAAGAUUGGAAUGCACCUCUGAAUGUACCUAUUGAAACUAUGGUGUGGAAUCUUCCUGUCAAAAUAUAUUCCACCUUGCCAAAGCAAAUACAGCAACAUUCCGUAGGGAAUGAUGCCUACACAAUGUAUAUAAAGUAACCCAUUGUUAUAACUGUUGGUAUUAUUACUUAAAGAUAUUGUAUUCUAUAUGCUCUUCUACGCUCAUUGCAUUUUUGUUAAGACAAAAAUACAAUGACUGUAUGCAAUAACUAUAUUAUUUAUUUUAUUUAUAUUGCUAAUUAAAAAGAUGUGUAAUAUUUUUUAUGCUUUAAUAUAAUUAUGUAAGAC